UUUUUUUUUUAAGUGAAAACAAUUAUAGUUAUGAUUGCCAGAAUACUCUAUUAUGAAUGGAAGGUGCCCUGCACAAUGUAUUAAAGAAAGUUGAAAAUCCAAUGAGGAAUCUACCCUCUGGAUCCAGUGCUGGAACAAUGACCUCUGAUCCCAGUAUCAGCUGGAGGAGAAAACAUAGAUCAGAGUCUCCAGAACCCAGUGGUGUGUCUCUGAAGAGUAACACAUCCAUGAAGCCACCCCCUGUAUUCAGUGAUAAACCAGUGAUCUCUGACCCUCUUUUCAGCAAGGGAGGGGUACUUGAGCUGAUCGGAUCUGUGCCAUCCUCUACACCCCACUAUCAGACUAACAUCAGACAGGACAACAUUGAAGCAGUCCUGCAGACAAACACACUGGAGCCUGGAGAUCUACAGAAAGUCAAAGAUAAGCACAAAACCAGCAUGAAGAACAAAUAUGGGAGAUUAUUUCAGGGAAACAAACUCCAAGAGAAUCCAACCCUCCUGAACAGGGUCUACACACAGCUCUACAUUAUAGAGGGAGAGAAAAAAGGGGUGAAUGAAGAACAUGAGGUUUUACAGAUGGAGAAAACAGCCAGAAAACCACACUUACAAGACACUCCAAUUUACAGCAAUGACAUCUUUAAAGCCUCACCUGAACCAGGAUGUGAAGAGAAAGACCAAAUCAAGACUGUUCUUACUAAAGGCAUUGCUGGAAUUGGAAAAACCAUCUCUGUGCAGAAGUUCGUUAUGGACUGGGCUGAGGGAAAAGCCAAUCGGGAUGUAGAUUUCAUGUUUGUGCUUCCAUUUCGAGAGCUAAACUUAAUCCGAGAUUAUCAGUACAGUCUUCACAGACUUCUGCUGGACUUUCAUCCUGAAUUUCAAGAUCUGGACUUCAAGAUUUAUGAGGUGUGUAAAGUUGUGUUCAUCUUUGAUGGACUGGAUGAAAGCAAAAUCAGACUGAUGUUUUCAGAUGCUCAGAAAGUUUCUGAUAUGACUGAGGUUUCAUCAGUGGGUGUGUUGAUGUCAAACCUCAUGAAAGGAGAGCUGCUUCCCAAUGCUCUCAUCUGGAUCACCUCCAGACCAGCAGCAGCCAAUCAGAUCCCCUCCAAAUACAUCAACCGUCUGACAGAGAUUCAGGGAUUCAAUGAGCCUCAGAAGGAGGAAUAUUUCAGGAAGAGAAUCAGUGAUGAGCAUCAAGCCAGCAGAAUCAUCUCACACAUCAGAAGAGCAAGAAGCCUCCACAUCAUGUGCCACAUACCCGUCUUCUGCUGGAUCUCAUCCACUGUGCUUCAAAAGCUCCUGAAAGAAGAUCUGAGUGCAGAAAUCCCUCAAACUCUUACUGAAAUGUACAUCCACUUCCUGCUGAUUCAGAUCAACAUGAGGAAUCAGAAGUAUGAAGAGAGAAAUCCAGAGAAACUCCUGCAGUCCAACAGGGAAGUGAUUGUGAAACUUGCUGAAGUGGCUUUCAAACAGCUGAUGAAGGGCAAUGUGAUGUUCUAUGAGGAGGACCUGAGAGAGAGCGGCAUAGACGUCACUGAUGCCUCAGUGUAUUCUGGGAUUUGCACUGAGAUAUUCAAAGAGGAUUCUGUGAUUCAUCAGAGGAAAGUCUACAGCUUCAUUCAUCUGAGUGUUCAGGAGUUUCUUGCUGCUUUCUAUGUGUUUUACCAUUAUGUAAUCAAAAAUAUUGACACAUUGCAGUUUUGUGAUGUGAUGCAUAAUCUGCACAGGAAUGCAGUAGAUAAAUCCCUCAACAGUGAGAAUGGACAACUGGAUUUGUUCCUGCGGUUCCUGCUGGGAGUCUCACUGGAGUCCAAUCAGAGACUUUUACAGGAUCUACUGCCUCACACAGUGAACAGCUCAGAGAGCAUCAGAGAAACCACACAGUACAUUAAAGAGAAGAUCAAAGAUGGGCAUGGACUCACCACUGAAAGAUCCAUCAAUCUGUUCCUAUGUCUGCUGGAAGUCAAAGAUCAGACUCUGUCCAGAGAGAUUCAGGAGUUUGUGAAAUCAGACAAACACUCAGAGAAGAAACUCUCUCCUGCUCAAUGCUCAACAAUCGCCUACAUGCUUCAGAUGUCAGAGGAGGAGCUGGAUGAGCUGGACCUCAAGAAAUACAACACAUCAGAUGAGGGUAGAAAAAGACUGAUACCAGUUGUGAUCAACUGCACAAAAGCCCUACUUGCUGGCUGUAAUCUCACUGCUCAGGAUUGUGAAAUUGUGUCAUCAGCUCUAAAAUCCUCAAACUCUGUCCUGAGAGAGCUGGACCUGAGUAACAAUGACCUACAGGAUUCAGGAGUGAAGCUCCUCUCAGAUGGACUGAAGAGUCCAAACUGUCGACUUGAGAUACUGGGGUUGUCAGGCUGUAUGGUGACAGAGGAAGGCUGUGGUUAUGUGUCUUCAGCUCUGAGUUCAAACCCCUCACACCUGAGAGAGCUGGAUCUGAGCUACAAUCACCCAGGACAAUCAGGAGUCCAGCUGCUCAACGACAAACUGAAGGAUCCAAAUUAUAAACUGCACAAACUCAAUUUGGAGAGUGGAGAUCCUUUAAGAAUCAAAACAGGACUGAGAAAAUAUGCCUGUAAUCUCACACUGGAUCCAAACACAGCACACACUCAACUCAUUCUGUCUGAUGAGAACAGAAAGAUUACAUAUGUGAAAGAGCAUCAGUCGUAUCCUGAUCAUCCAGAGAGAUUUGAGAACUAUGAACAGGUUAUGUGUCGAGAGACUCUGACCGGACGCUGUUACUGGGAGGUUGAACGGACUGGCUCUUGUCAUGUAGCAGUGACAUAUAAAGGAAUCAGCAGGAAAGGAGGGGGUGACUGUUGGUUUGGAUACAAAUCCUGGAAUCUCUUCUGCACUGUUAAUGGAUUCACUGUCUGGCACAAUAAUGUAAGCAGUAAUAUACCAGCCCCUACACCCCUGUCUAAUAGAGUUGGAGUGUAUGUGGACGUGUCGGCCGGCACUCUGUCCUACUACAGCGUCUCUGACACACACACACUCAAACACUUACACACAUUCAACACCACAUUCACCGAACCCCUCCAUGCUGGAUUUAGGGUUUAUGAUUCUGAACUAUCUCUGUGUCAGAUCUAAAGUCCCUGUGAAAUCAAAAGGUAUGUUUUUUGGCUUUUAGUAGUGUAAAUAAGCUUUCCAUUGGGGCGAAUAAAGUCUGGUUUCAGGUUAGUGUGGUCCAGAUCUGGUCCAGAGACACAACAGCACAGAGCAGAUCAUAUGCACAAGUCGACACAGACCACAAAACAUAACGGUCCCAUUUGAUUUCUGGACAGAAUGCUGUAUUUUAAAGCUAUUUGGAGGAGAUCAGGAGGAAACUGCUGCUUUAUCGAGCUCAACUGCUCUGGCCGAGCAAUGAUAUAAACUAAAUACGUUUGGCUGUUUUUAAAAAGGGGAGGGCCUGCUCGAUAUGUCCCACUCUGUCUUCCUGUUUCAGUGGAAGUUAUGUCAAUACAUUGAAUAAUGCUGCACAUUUCAAGGCACUUCAGUGGGCCUUUAACAACUUGCCGAGAGGAACACCUGUGACAUCAGACAAAUUGUCUCAUUUUCAAGCAGACACAAACUUGUUUUUCUUCUUUCUUACACAAAACUUGAAAAAUUAAAUGUUCAGGACCCCAAGAAAUUAAAAUGAAAGUUUUGUUGCUUUUAGUCUGUUAGCUUUAAAGUCAUCUAUAUGCUAAGAGUUCUGUGUUCUCGUGCAGUGAACAAGUCUAACUCUGACUAAACACCAAGUUAAACCGUAGCCAGUUAAGACAUAGUCGUAGUAAGGUUGAUCAUUUACUGUCACACUUCCUCAUUAACAUGUUGUGUUGAAUACUGUAAUAAAACAAUACAAAAAUA